UAGUAAUUUAAUUAUAACAUCGUACGAUGAGUCGAGUAAACCAGGCUCAAAUGAAGAAAUUACUCGAUCUUCUGAGCGAAAAUGGGGUUUUAGUUAACGGAAAGGUCUCGUACUCUAGCACCAAUAAGCAGACGUUCUGGAAACAAAUUGCUUUGCAGUUAAACUCUGUGGAUGGAGGGGUUUACAAAAAUACCUGGAAAUGGUGUAAGAUGUGGGCCGACUGGAAAAACAAAACAAAAAAGAAAGCAAAUAUUUUGCUGCGGAAGAAACACUAUAAUUAUAGCCACCAGGUGGCUCCACUCAAUAAUCUAGAGUUAAGGCUACUGAAGAUGAUAGACUACCCUCUGGAUGAUAAGACAGAUGUAUCAGAUCUGGAAAUGGUCAACAAAGUAGAGAUCCCAGAGCCCACACCAGAGGAAAUAACGGAUUUUUUGACCGAAGGCUAUGAAGCUCCCUUGAGUCCUGGUCAUAAUAUGUCCUCGGAUGAAGAAGACAAUACAGUUUUAGGCAACUUUGCUAAGAGCAAGAACACAUUUUGUAAUGUUGAUAAUAUACUAGAAGAUGGUGACUGCAAAUCUGAACUAGAUGGAGAGUCUUUAAAUGCUGAAAAGAAAAUCAAAAUUAAAGGAAAAAAAUACAAAAAAUUAAAAACAUCCUUAGAAGAAUUUAAAGUAAAAUCAACACUAGCUUUAGAGAAAGAGAAAGUUCAACAGAGGAGUGAGGAAUUAAGACUGCGGGCGUUAGAGCUGAAACUUAAAGGGGAAGAGUUGAGGCUGCGGGAAAUUGAGAUGAACAAGAUAAAUUAUUUGACCAAUAUUGAGGAGGAGAAACUGAAAUGCUUCAAAGAUAUAUCCGCUUCAUUAAAAGAGUUGUUAGACCGCACAAGAAAUGGAAAUGUUAGGUUUCAUAAUAUCUUGUAACAACUAUAGCAACCGCCUAUCUUAGAACUGACAUUGUGUAUAUACAUA